AUGGCGGCUCUACCCACGAUGCAGCCCCUCGGCUGCUUGCGAUCACUGAUGAGGACAACAGACAUGGUCCAGUCUCAUCUCGGUCGCCGUUGCCUCUCAACGGUCUACUCACAGCGUCCCAAGCGCGUACCUCUGCCCCAGGGCCUGCCCGAGCAGUUCCUCUCACAAUUACCGACUCGCAUGCGUCCAGAGAACGCCCCCAAACCCAUCAAGGUCUUCAACCCUCCCCCUUCUGCCCGCAAAGCAUGCAAAGAUCCCGUCGCCAAGGUCACCGAAACGCAAUUGGAAACCCUUGACCCCAAGGGUGAGCGCAAGGCUCUGUUCGAUUAUCGCCGAAACCCCCGGAGCGUUCGACCCGGAGACAUUGUUCGCGUCACAUUCAAGAAUGGCGAUCCUUUCAACGGCGUUGUCCUGAGCAUCAAGCUCCGCGGAAUCGACACUUCUUUCUUGCUCCGAAACGAGCUCACACGUGUCGCUGUGGAGAUGUCGGUGAAGGUGUUCAACCCCAACAUUCAGAGUGUUGAGAUUGUCCAGCGGGCCCAGCGCAAGAUCCGUCGGGCAAGACUGUACUACAUGCGUGCUCGCAAGCACGAUCGUCGCAGUGUGGAGAACGUUGUCAACGCCUAUGUCCGCCAGAAGAAGGCGUUUAUGGGUGGUGGUGGCAGGAAGUAA